AAAACCCCAAAUCGGACAAAUUCGCUUGCUAGCAUCGGAGUUUUACGGAAAUAAAAAUGUCCGGACCGACCGCUACGGCACUUGCCCACACGCGACGGGUUUGCUCGCUGUACAAAAAGUCGCUGCGCAACCUGGAAUCGUGGUACGACAGAAGACACAUCUUCCGCUACCAGGCUACGCUAAUGCGUGCACGAUUCGAUCAACAUAGGAAUGAAAAGGACCCGGCAAAAGUGGCUCAGCUUGUGACCGAUGGCGAAAAGGAAUUGUUUGAAAAGCAACACUACCAACCGAAGAAGUUCCCGAUGUCUCCGGGAGGUGUUGCAUUCGAACGUGAAGUAAUUCCCCCGGAUUGGGUUCUCGAUUAUUGGCACCCGCUGGAAAAGGCACAGUUCCCCGACUACUUUGCUCGGCGCGAAAAACGCAAGGAAGAAUAUGUCGUGUGGUGGGAAAAGCAAUACGGCAAAUCGUCGGCCAACGAUUCCUCUUCUCAUCAUUAAAUGCGCGAGUGAUCGAAAGGAACAGAACCGAUCGUUUGUGUAAGAGUUAGCUUAUCAUGGUUUAGCGCGAGAUCGAGCGAUGAAAACACGAUUGUUAAAA